CGCAGUCUUCUGUCUGAUCCGCUGCGCAGAACCAUGAACGGUCCCCAGAGCACCAGAUAUAGCCACCUCUCACAGAUGGAACGUCCAAGGUUCGCCAGAUGCUCUUAGCAGUGUCAUGCACUGCUGCCGAAGAUCGACUGCGCCGUACUACUGGAUUAGCACUUCCAACCUUGUUAGCCCGGUGGGCGUUGGCUGCAAAUCAUCCGCUGGAUGUCCCUGAACAUGUCGAAAUCCUAAGAUACGAAGGCACACCCGAAGAUGUGCUCAGCUAUUUCGGGUUUCUAGAUAUCGAGGUUCGCCCGGAGCGAAUAUCGGUGCUCGGGACCAUAUCCGUUCAGUUGUCCAUCGAGCUUGCAUGUCGGUGAGGGCGAACGGUUCGCUACUACAAGAAAGGUACCGGAUGUAUGUAUUGGCUGUUGGUUUUCAUGCAGACUCGUCAACAAUCAAUGGAUAGGUUGCGGCGGACAUCUUAGAGACUGCAUGGAAGGAG